AUGAAGUUUCUUCGCCAUGUCCUACAGCUUUUGCCUGCCUCUCUAGUGUUUGCCGCGUAUACUCCCUCGUCGCCCGAACAUACCUGUGUGAUCCCGGCUUUGAACGAUGGGCGUGAUGACGCUCCCGCAAUCCGCGAGGCAUUCGAUAAAUGCGGGAAAAAUGGAAAGGUCAUUUUCCAAAAAGACACUACGUACAGUAUUCAAACGGUUCUUCAGCUACAUGACUUGAAAAACGUCCAAGUUGAUAUGCUUGGAACUCUUGAGUAUUCAACUGAUGUUCGGUAUUGGAUCCUGCAUGGGUCGUAUUAUUAUUUCCAGAAUAUAUCGAUUGCAAUGGAAUUCUCAGGUGAAGACAUUACAAUUGACGGCCACGGGUCUGGUACUAUCGACGGCCAGGGGCAGGUAUGGUACGAUCUGGCACUCGGGGUGGGUGGGUUAUACGGACGGCCUAUCCCAUUUUGUCUACGAAACGUCAAAAACGCCGUAGCAAGGAAUUUCAAAAUCCUUCAAUCGGGUAAAUGGAAUUUUGUAAUGCUAGAAUCUCAAAACAUUCUCGUGGAUAACAUCUACCUUUCUUCCACUUCAGACGAUGACCAGGCAAAUCCUGGUAAUCUCGGCAACACAGAUGGAUUUGACACUAUCAACAGCGACAAUAUUACUAUCCAGAACAGCUGGGCAAACGUUGGGGAUGAUUGUGUCAGCUUCAAACCUGGCUCUACUAAUAUGCAUGUGAAAAACUUGACCUGCUACAACAGUGCCGGUAUCGCAAUCGGUAGCCUUGGGCAGUAUGAAGGAGUGCGAGACGUAGUUGAGAACAUUACUGCAGAAGAUGUCACUCUUAUCGGUAGCCGCAAUGGUGCUUAUAUAAAGACGUAUGUCGGCAAGAGAACGUACUGGCCUCCCCAGGGGGGUGGCGGCGGUAACGGCUACGUUCGUAAUGUUGUGUUCAAAAAUUUCCAUAUCGAGAAUAUUACUUCUUCGCCCGUUCUAAUCCAGCAGUGCACUCACUGGGGUGGAUACAACGUCCCAGCAUGCGCUGAUACACCCGCUACUGGUUACUUUUCCAACAUAUCCUGGUCCAAUUUCACCGGGUAUUUGAAUGAAAAGGUCGGAACAAAAUCGAUUAGUUGGGCGUGUUCACCACUGGCACAGUGCGAAGGAUUCUCAUUCAAGGAUAUCAAUGUCAAGUCGGUUGAUGGAGCGGAUGGAACAUACUCUUGCAGUAAUGUGGACGGGUAUGACGCUACUUGCCAGAAGGUUUAA